CAAACAGACCCGAAAACUUCUACUUCAAUUCAAUUCAAUUAAAGUCUUUCAUCUUACGUUAAAGUCCACUGUUGCUUCUUCUUCUGUCUUCCUAUUUCCUAAUCCAAAUCGAAUAAUUUUUUCACUGUCAAUUGUUGAUCUGUGUCUGAUUCAGAUUUUCUCUGAGACUGUGAUCUGUGGUUGAUUUUCGUGUGCUGCCUGCAUUUUCACGCGUAGUGGAUGUAAUGGAGUUCGAUUUUUCAUUGAAUCUUGGCAAAAAAACCAUUUGGGUCAUUUAGUUUUCGGGAUUUGUCAGGAAAAGUGAUAAACUUUCAUCACCAGGAAUCAUGAAGUUUCUAUUUUCAGCCAUUGUUAUCCUUUGGUGUGUUUGUGAUCUGUUGGUGGUCCAUGUUCUCGCAAAUUCACGUUUCCCUGAGGAAAUGUAUAGUUUUGAUAGGAACCCCCAGGUGACUUAUAAGUAUGAUCGCAUGAGUGAAGUUCAGAAACAGUGUGCAUCUGUGUUGUCUGCUUCAUCUGAAUUGAGAUAUGAAUAUAGUGUUACUGGUAUGAAAGGAGAGUUUUCUUUUGUGAAUGGGGAUUGGAGGCAGGAUGGGGGUAAGUUUCCCAUAAUGCCAUUUGAUGCAAGCAUAUCUCCUGGAACCUUGUCUGAAGAUCGUGCUUCAAUGAACUUGGUCUCUUUUUGGGUUUCGGAUGUUGAUCUUGACCACCGCUUGAAGAAGUCAAUUCCUAUCAAUGGUUUCAUGGUGAUUGGCAUUACUAGAGAUGGCAAUUUUGUGGACAAUGCAUUUGAUGGGAAUCCUGAGUUUCGUUUAUGGCCCAGCCAUUCUCAGCUUUCAAUCUCCUUUCAAGGGAUUUACACCGAAUCAAAGAAAAAUGGUGGGGAAAGGGUAUUGUGUUUGUUAGGGAACACUAUGCUUCCUACUCGAGAGGCUGACCCUGCCAACCCGUGGUCAUGGAUGAAGAAUCCGGGUGAUAUACCGUUGUCAGAAGAUGAUCAAAUUCUGCUUGUUCUUCGGUAUCCAUUGUCAUUCACAUUAACAAACAGGAUAAUCAAUGGAGAGCUAAAAAGCUUGAACCGGGAGUCCAAUUCUAAAUACUUUGAUGUUGUUCACAUGUUAUCACAGUUGGGCAAGUCAGCAAAGUACACAUAUGGCUCACAACAGAUUGUAUCUAAAGCAUGCAAUCCGUACCCUGUUAAAGAUAACCUGACGGAUGAUGGCACUGUUGUCUACAAAGGGGCAAGGUUUUGUGAAAUCCUUGAAGAAAUUACUAGAGAAAAACCUUUGUCUGUGGUGUCAAACUGGAGAUGUAAUGGCACAGAUGAUUUCUGCAGUAAAUUAGGUCCUUUUUUGUCAGAUAAGGAAAUCAAAUCAACGGAUGGAGGCUUUCAAGGCGUUAAACUUUAUAUGCAGGAUGUUAUCUGUAGUCAAGAAGCUAGCAAGAGUAAUACUGGUUCUACUAGGGUAUCAACUGUUUUCAGAGCCAUUUCUCCAUCAGAGAAUGAGUAUACUGCAGCAAAAAGAUCUGGGCCUAGCAACACGUCUCUUGCUGCCGAAGGGAUUUGGAAGUCUUCUAGUGGACAGCUUUGCAUGGUUGGUUGCCUAGGAGUUGUUGAUGCCAAAGGGAGUAGCUGUAAUACUCGGAUCUGUAUGUAUAUUCCUACCACUUUUUCCUUAAAGCAACAUAGUAUUAUUUUGGGAACUUUGUCUCCCAUUAGUAACAGUAGUGCCUUCUUUCCCCUGUCGUUUGAGCAACUUGUGCUACCUUCAGAACUCUGGAACUAUUUCAAGCUCACUAACCCACAUUACAGUUACUCCAAAACUACUUUGGCUGGUGCUGUCCUAGAAAAAAAUGAGCCCUUCAGUUUUACGACUGUCAUUAAGAAAUCAUUGCUAACAUUCCCCAAACUUGAGGACAAUGAGGCAUUCCAAGAUAGCCUGUCUCUUCUUGCAGAAGAUCUCACUUAUCAUGUCUCUGGAUUUCCUGACCCUUUGCCCAAUGUCUUGGCCCCAAGAAUUGACAUUCAACUGGAGAUUCUCUCGGUUGGUCCCUUGUUUGGACGCUAUUGGUAUGAUAAAAAUGGUUCAGCAUCUGAACAGGAAACGCCAUAUCAUGCCACGGCUGCUGAAUAUACAGAAAAGCAACUCCUUAUAAAUGUAUCUGCACAACUCAGUCUUGCUGGAAAAGGUUACAGUAACUUCUCUGUGCUUUUUCUGGAGGGUCUUUAUGAUCCACAUGUUGGGAAAAUGUAUCUAAUUGGUUGCAGAGAUGUGAGAGCAUCAUGGAAGGUCUUAUAUCAGAGUUAUGAUCUUGAGGCUGGAAUGGACUGUUUGAUUGAGGUGGUUGUGGCUUAUCCUCCUACCACAACUCGGUGGCUAGUCGAUCCUAGAGCCACAAUAUCAAUAGAAAGUCAAAGGAAUGAUGAUGAUUCCCUUAGAUUCGAUCCUAUAAAGCUCAAAACGUUUCCAAUCAUAUACAGGAAGCAACGUGAGGAUGUUCUCUCACGCAGAGGUGUUGAAGGGAUUCUUCGACUCUUGACACUUUCAUUUGCAAUUGGGUGCAUUUUAAGCCAACUGUUUUAUAUACAACAUAGUGUGGAUUCUCUUCCAUAUAUAUCUCUAGUGGUUCUUGGUGUUCAAGCUCUUGGGUAUACUAUUCCUUUGGUCACAGGUGCAGAGGCACUCUUUAAGAAAAUGGUUUCCGAAUCUUAUGAUGUGUCAUCUAGUGAAUUGGAGAGCAGUGAGUGGCUCCAUGUCAUUGAUUACUCUGUGAAACUGUUGUUGAUUGUAUCAUUGCUGAUAACUCUGCGACUUUUUCAGAAGGUAUGGAAGUCUCGCAUCAGAUUGCAAACACGUUCCCCUCUUGAGCCUCAUCGAGUCCCUAGUGAUAAAUGGGUAUUUCUUUGUACCUUUUUCAUGCAUGUGAUAGGGUAUGUUAUUGUUUUAAUAGUUCAUGGCACAAAGACCAGUCAGAAGGAUCUUAUAGCGAAGACAUAUGUGGUUGAUGGAGGAAAUUCUCAUCCAUUGCCGGUAUGGGCAACAAAAUUGCAAGAAUAUGUAGGUCUUGUUGAAGACUUUUUCUUGCUUCCUCAAAUCAUUGGGAAUCUAUUCUGGCAUAUCCAUUGCAAACCUCUCAGAAAACUAUAUUUUAUUGGAAUCACUGUGGUCAGACUUCUUCCUCAUAUAUAUGAUUGCAUCAGAGCUCCAGUUUCAAAUCCUUACUUCUCUGAGGACUCUGAAUUUGUCAAUCCAAAUUUGGAUUUUUACUCCAAAUUUGGGGAUAUUGCUAUUUCUGUGACUGCUGUUGUUCUUGCAAUUGUGGUCUAUAUUCAACAAAGAUGGAGCUAUGAGAAACUGAGUCAGUUUCUGACAUUUGGAAAAUAUAAGCUUCUCCCAACUUUCAAAUACCAAAGAUUGUCUUCUGGGUCUUGUGAAUCUGAACUAGUCCCUGGUAUCAAUGGUAGUGCUGCAAAAGAGAAUGAGCAAGUUGAUGUAGAGUGAUGUAAACUUAAGAAUUACUGACUAACAACACCUGUUGUACGCCCAUGUAUGAAAAAUAGGUAAGACUUUUGGGUGGAUGCAUUAUUUUGUAUGAUGUUGCCCAUGUACUGAAUAAUCAAGUGAAUUUUGUUGUGAUUUUACACUCUU